GCCCAAUAAUGACUUACUGCAGGACAGGUCCAGUCGGGCGGACUGAUCAUUUGGAAACUCGGGCACUGCCCGAGGGCCCUGGGGUCAGUAGGGGACACCAUGAGAUGCCCCUGGUACCUUUUUCAUAAGCUUUUUUGAGUUUGGGCAAGGACACAGGGGCCCCAUGAUCCCCUAUUGCCCGGGGGCCCCAUGAGUUGUCAGUCCGCCCCUGGUCCGCCCCUGUUACAAUGCCAUUUCUAAAGGCCUAUGUGUUCAUCAAUCCAUGCUUCAACAAACUGUCUGCAUGCAGAG